AUGGUCUCCGCAAACAAGCAGCAAAAUUUCGAUGUCGUCGACACAUACAAGCGACUGCUGGCCGAUGACCCAGAGUUGACCAUGCCUGUCGCCGCCAUUGAAGCCCUGGUUCUCGCUCUUGCCCACACCCCCGCGACCACUGUCUCGGAAACUCUGGACCUCCUAUCGACUCUCACUGCCGAAUUGAAGGCUCGCAUUCCCAACCCCAUUUCUCUUUCUGCCGGUACCGACUUGUUCCAACGCUACAUCAUCACCACUCUGCAAAAACCCACCGCUGGCCGUAACAGCGAUUUUGAUACCAUCCGUACCCACCUGGUCCAGAACGGUCGCUUGUUCGUCGAGCGUGCGAAAGAGGCUCGUGACAAAAUCGCUGGUUUCGGUAGACAUUUUGUUCGCGACGGCAACACUGUCCUGACAAACGGAGGUUCACGUGUCGUUGGUGCUCUCUUGCGUUCAGCUGCCGAGACAAGUGCUGGUUUCGGUGCUCAAGGCAGCAUUCGCUUCCGUGUCAUCUACGUUGUUUCCGACUCGUCGGAUGCAGAGAGCAGGGACAACAUCGCUCAGCUGCGCAAGCUUGGAAUCCCUGUCGCCACAAUCCCUCCCACUGCUAUCGCAUACAGCUUGAACCAGGUCUCACAAUGUUUCGUCGGUGCUGAAGGUGUUGUCGAGAAUGGAGGUAUCAUCAGCAGAUUGGGCACCUAUCAGAUCGCCAUGCUGGCCAAGGCCGCCAACAAGCCUUUCUACGUUGUAUCUGAAAGUCACAAGUUCGUUAGAUUGUACCCUCUUGGUCAGACUGAUCUGGGUAUCGAUCAGAACAUUGUCGAGUUCAAGACCACAGGCGACGCCACCAGCACUACUGGAAGCGUUUCUGCAAAGGAUGAGGGCGUAGCUGACAUGGACACCCACUCUGAUGCGGGUGUCUCCGACAGCGUAGCCAACACUGAUGCUGUUGACUUUACACCUCCUAAUCUUAUCUCUGGCAUCAUCACCGAGUCAGGUGUCUUGCUACCAUCCGCAGUCAGCGAGGAGCUCAUCAAGAUUUGGUUCUAG